ACUACAAAAUUAGACGUUUCCCCCAAAAAGAGCUUCUCUUUUCCGCUUCGAAGGAGGAAUGGCACCACCAGCGAUUUGCUGGUUUGCGUUCGCCGCACUGAUAUCUUGCCUUCUUCUACCUUCAUCCCUCGCCAUUUACUGUGACGAAGAUGAUUGCUAUGAUCUCUUAGGGGUUACUCAGGGUGCUAAUUCGUCAGAGAUCAAGAAAGCUUAUUACAAGCUAUCCUUGAAACAUCAUCCAGACAAAAAUCCCGAUCCGGAAUCAGGGAAGAUUUUUGCCAAAGUCGCUAAUGCUUAUGAGAUUUUGUCAAAUAAUGCUACACGGGAGCAAUAUGAUUAUGCAAUUGCUCACCCAGAGGAGUUUUUCUACAACACCGCUCGCUAUUAUAAAGCAUACUAUGGGCACAAAACGGAUACUCGUCUUGUUCUUGUUGGACUACUACUGGUUCUCUCGGCAUUUCAGUAUCUACACCAGUGGACAAAGUAUACCCAGGCUGUGAAUAUGGUCAAGAAAACACCUGCUUAUAAAAACAGGCUACGGGCAAUUGAGCUUGAACGAAAUGGAGGAACAACUAACAAGAAAAAGGGCCACAAGCAGAUAGUGAAAUCUGGGAAAAAUGAUGAGGACCUCAGCAAAGAGCUUGAUCUGCAAAUAAGUGGAGCUGAAAAGCCUUCCAUGUGGGGACUUCUUGCAGUCCAGUUUGUUCUUUUGCCAUACACUCUUAGCAAGCUUUUGCUAUGGAAUGUCUGCUGGUUUUGGAGAUACAAGGUGCGAAAAUCUCCUUAUGCAUGGGAAGAUGCCUGUUACUUGACACGAAGAUGUUUGAGAGCAAGUCUGGAGGCUUGGGGAAAUAUUGAUGAAUAUACAAGAGAUGAUCUUGUUCAACGCCGUCUAUGGGAGAAGACCAAUUUAGAGAGCUACCUUGCUGAUAUGCGGAAAGAAUCCAAGCGAAGAAGAUAAAGACUACUUGUAUAAGAUCUCUUACACCGGUUCCUUUUUUUAUUUAUAUGGGUUACUAAAGAAUUAGAAAAUUUUGCAUUUGGGAAAAGAAUUUAUUUUCCAAUCUAAGUAUACUUUUUGAAUACUAAAUUUAAUUUAUAUACACACUAGCCCUUAACCCGUGCCGAAACGGCACGGCCCUUUAUGUUGGUUCACUUUUAAUAUCAAACAAAAUGUGUCCCGAAUACUUAUCAA